UGGUUACAAAACAUUUUAAUUUCAUUAUAUGUAGUUUACUGACCGGUCAAGAUGCGUUUCUUAACAAUUUUAGUAUUAUUUUCUUUUAUCUAUAUAGUUUCGUGCAAAACCCAUGUGAAGGCUUUGACUGAAUCCAUGGGCCAAGAGGUGAUUGAAAUCAGCAACCCAGUUAAAGAAUUACCAAUGGGUUUGGAUGAAGAACCGCUUUCCGAGAAAGAAGACAUAAAAAAACCUAAAGAAUCUCCUUCACUCAAGGGAAAAUAUAAAAAAAUGUCAACCGUAAGUGGCAAAGAAAAUAUGAAAGAUGUCGACAAGAUUGAUGGACUAAACCCAGAAAGCGAGGAAGAUAGGAUAGAGAAGGAACUAGCAGAAAUAUACAAAGAUACUGCUGAUUACAAAAGCGAGAGCGGUGAAGAGGAAGUCGCUAAAGAAGCAUCCGUGGACCACCACACGUUGGAGCCGACCGUUCAGGAAUACAAGGCCAAAUACGACGAGAGCGCUGAUGAAAAUGAUGAAAUUAUAAAAAACACCGAUGCACCUAUCGCAAGACAGCGAAACAGCUUCAAAAUCCACCCCGACUCGACUCGCAAGGCUGAUGUGGAACGGUUCAGGACUUCUGUGGAAGACAUCAACUGUGAUGUGAACAAACAGUUGCUUCACCAGGAAAACGAAAAGCCAUUCACUGUGCAGAGGGACGAGGCGGCCCGCGGGCUGAGGAGCAGGCGAGCGGCCGUGGCUGAGGUACCAUCCGAAUCCGGGUCGAUAUCUGCCAAGCAACCUCUGUGCGAACCAGAACCAGAAAAGAAGUCUAACGCGUUCUACACCACGGCCACUCAACUACCACUGUUCGCAGCGAUUUUCUGCACAAUUUUCAAAUACAUAUAAUUAUAAAUAUGUCACUUAACACGUUCGUGGACAGUAACGACCACAGGCUUUUUUUUAUGUUAAAUGGGCCGACGUUUGGCCGCUAUCUCGCCUGAUGGUAAGUGAUGAUGCGGCCUACGAUGGAGCACGUCUGCUCAUAAGCAACCUAUUCACUCGGGCUUUGAAGACACCCAGGUUAUACCCAUCAGGAAACACAGACUCCGGCAAGGAGUUCCACUCUCUAGCUGUUCGCACAAGGAAGCUUGAAGCGAAGCGCUUCGUGCGAGUGGGUGGGAUAUCCGUCUAGAUAGCUAAAAGUAAUACAAUAGUACGUCUGUCGACGUAUCUGUUUUUAGUUUCCUAAAAUCAGUACGCCACACGACGACUGAUUUCUCAUACUAUUGUAAAGAACAGCAUGUUGUACUGUCACCACAGGUAUAAUUACGACUUUUGUACUGUCACUACAUUAUUUUACAUUUUUGCAUUAUGUGACACUACGCCUGUGGGCAAUGUACGAAAAAAGUAGUGUCUUAGUAGCUGCAACCUGUGAGAUAGUAUUGUCCACGAAUGUGUUAAUAUACAUCAAAUACAUUUAGUUAGUUCGUCAUACAAUUGAUAUGUAAGUUCUUAAAAAAAAUUGUGGAGUUCCUCAGGGCUGUAUACUGGGCCCUACUUUAACACGUUUGCUGCGGAUCACCCAUUAUCGAUCCGCCGCGAGACUUACCGCUAUUGCGGACGUAUAAUGUGAGAACUUUCCGCCGGUGCGGGACAUGACAGGACAUUACAGUAUUGGCAGGCUCAAAAGGCCCGCCACGCACUGUCUGAAAGUUUAUGGCAGGCUUGUUUGGACCGCCACCGCACCAGGUGAAAGUAAUACAUUUUAUUACCGCAGCGAAGGUGUUAAAUUUAAUUAUUAUUAUGUUAUCAGCUUACUCACGUAACUGUUUGACGAGGAACUCGACUAGUUUCGUAGUAGUAGCAGCGCGACACACGACGCGGUGAUUGUUACGGAAUGCUGCUCAUGAAUAUGAGCCUCUAGCAUGGCUUGAAACUAGUCGAGUUCCUCGCCAAACAGUUACGUGAGUAAGCCGAUAACAUAAUAAUUAAUUUAGUAUGUCUCACGAAAUUUAUAAUACAAUUGUACCUUAAAUAUCUUUAUAAUUAUCUUUAUAUGGAUGAUGAUUAAAAAUCUAUUUAGUCCGUCAGUUAGGCAAUGAAAAAAUAUUAGACACGUAUUUUUUUAUUUUGUCAUAUAAGAUAACAAUACUUAGAUAAAACGAAUUGAAGUUUAGGAGUUGGAGGUGACUAUGUCAUUGUUAAAACAGACUUAGAAGUCACGUUACGCCGUAUUUCAAAUCGAUAUAUCUUCGAAAGUAUUUGUUUCCGUAAGAAAAUAAAAAAUACAUGUGUAAUGUUUUAAAAUAAUCUACAAGACGGCUAUUGAAAAAGAUUUAGUCAUCCUCCCUUGCAUUUGGUUAUGUUUUUUCAUGUGUUAUUAAUUUUUUUGACAAAUUUCUUGUAAAAUAUGUCUUUUCUAUUUAUAAAAUUUAUUGUACUUUAUAAUAAAUAUAGAUUUUU